AUGAUCGCUGGACGCAGUGAGAAGUUGCUGCAAUACAUUGACAGCUACUAUGUAUGGUUAAAACUUGCGACGUCCAAUAUGAUGCAGAUGAAUGUCCUCAGCAACAAGCUCCCGUUCCGGCGGGCCCUUCGGUGGUUGGUGCGGGAGCACAGCCGCAAGCUAACAAACCGGACCAAACAGGUGGACAUGGAGUGGAGUCCGCCGAAGGGCCAGGCAGAAAUGCAGUGGAGCCCCGACAAUCUAACAGGUGACGGCGACUCAGGCGACGUCAGGGGCAACGGCGGCACAGCUGUGCAGGUGACGGAUCACCUGGACACAUUGGGGCGGAUGGAGAGGUGGAGAUCCGUAUUGUUGCCACUGAAGAAGGAACGGUUGGCGACGGAGGUGCAGUCAACCACCUUGGACAUGGUGAAGCAGUGGGCGACAGAUGUGGGCGGUGGAGAUUGCAACAGCCAUGAUGACAGCAAAGGCCACUUCAAAGCGCAGCCGUUCUGGACCUGAUGUCGUCUUGACUGAAGCGGAUCAUGGAAACAAAGGCGAAGGGGAAGGGGGGCAAGAAACGACGGUGGUAAUGGAUGCACGUUUAUUUUGGGGUGGAUGCACAUGCAAUGUGAUAAGAACACGCCUUCCUAGAUAGGAUUGGAGGCGUGUCCAUAUGGCGCGAUGGACAUUAUGAAAAAGCUUAAUUUUGGACUGAAAGGGGCCUUCAUAUCACGUGAUAUACAACUUUCAUUUUAUGGAGACGCCUUCUUUUUGGACUGAAAGGGGCCUUCAUAUCACGUGAUAUACAACUUUCAUUUUAUUGAGACGGCUUCUUUUUGGACUGAAAGGGGCCUUCAUAUCACGUGAUGGACAUGGGCUCGUUUUAUGGAGACCACCUUCAUUUUGGACAGAAGGGGUAUUCAAAGCGUAAGGGACAUUCAUUCUGAGCUACCUUCAUUAUGUAACGAAGUGGUC